CAGUUCCUUGCUCGACUUUGUUUUGAGUACCAAAUUUAAGUUUCUGCUGCUAGAUAUAUCGAAUAAUUUUAAUCAAAUUUCCUGCACAAGAAAAUCUCAAACAUGGAUCCCGAUGACGACCUCGUCCUGGAGAACGAGGCAGAGGAAAUUGAACGAUUACAGCUUCCCGAGGAGGUUAAGAAGCCCAUAGAUCCCGAGGAAGAGGAUGAACGAGUAGCACGCAUCGAAUUCAACUGCUCUGGUUGUGAAAUGCAGGAGAUGGUCCAUUAUUUUGGAAGGAAACCGCCGUUUGCUCUAGGAGUCAUCUACCCGGAGGACAAUUACGUGAUGCGAGAUCCCUUCCAGCCACCUCCACCUCGUUGGCAGUCAAAGCCGGAAUACUAUAUCGCAAUGGGGACUAAGUGCUCCAUUUGCACCAAGUCGGUGUGCAAGGAUCCUGGCUGCAGUUUCUACUACACAGCCUCAUUUUGUUUGCCUUGUGGCAAGGAAGAACUAAAAAACUGGCCAGCUGAGGCGCAAGCUCGAAUAAGAAAGCAAAUGUCAGCCAGUCAGGGCACAUAAAUUAGUCUUUAAAUAUAAAACAGUAGUGUGUAAAAAUUAUCUAAAUAAGCACUAAAUGAGAUUUUGGCUAGAAAGGAUAAAUUUUAAACUUUAUUAAGUACUUGAAACUCGCACUUACUUAAGUGCGGUCAAUUGUAUUGUUUUUAAUAUAUGCUUCCUAAUGCUUAAAUAUUAUUUAAAAGUAAAAUAAAACCAAUCUGAAG